AUGGCGACGUAUGCGGAUCAAUUAUUGGAAACAUUUGUGAGGCGUAUGGAUCCAUCACAAAAAUAUUGUAAAUAUGCUCUGAACACAGUACAUUCAUUGGUGGAAAUGGUCGAUCGUUCGAAAUAUGGAAAACGCUUGAAAGAAGAGAUAAUAAACCGAGGAAUUGGUGUGCUGAAAGAAAUGGAAUUGUAUGGCGAUCGUUAUUUCAUCAAAACAUCGAAAUCGAAGCAAUAUGUCUUUGAUUUGUUGAGGCGUGUUUAUAAUGGCGAUGACCAAUUGAGGAACGUAUUCGAGUCAAAUGAUGGAAUUCGAUUACUGCUGGAGUUGUUGAAAAGAGAGGUGAAUGAAAUGGUAGUGUAUAGGAUAAUGAGGGCACUUUAUGCAGUCGUUUGCUCGCAGGAUAGUUCUAAAUUCGGUGAACGAUUCGCAAAUCUCGGCGGUGUUCAGACAGUCUCUCAUAUAUUGUCAAAUCAGCACUGUUCUGAACGAGUCGCAUUGGAGAGUAUUUACUGCUUACGAGUGGUCAGCGAUUUGGAAGUGGUUCGAAAUAUGGACAAUAAAGAGGCGAUUUUCAAGAUUCUUGGCAAAAUUGAACAUUAUCGAAUGAAUGCAACGUUCAUUAAUGUUGCGGUGGAUUUUCUUGGUAAUGUCGCAGCCAAUAAAGAUGGAUCUGCGAAUAUGAAUAAGGAUUUUAUCGUCGAAUGCAGUGCGAUUGAACGACUGCUGGCGACGUUGAUAAAUUUCGAGCCGAAGCGCGAGGAGGGCGGCGUUAAGAGUUUAAUAUCUUCGAUUAUAUGGGCAAUACAUAUAUUUACCACUGGUUGUUCGACUCCUGAGAAGACAGUCAACGCCAGGAAACGGCUGAUCUAUUCGGACAAAGCACCAGAUGUUCUUCUUUAUGAAGUGGCGAAUCCGGUUGAUUUGAGCAGUCGACUAUACACACUAAAUUUAUUAAUUCGAAUUGUUGAAGCAGACCCUCUCAAUCACCCUCCAUUUCUAUUCAAUGCGUCGAACUGCAAUAUCUCAUUAACGGAUGUUCUUUUUGAGAUUAUCAAAACAACUGCAAACACGAUUGAGUUGAAUUCGAAGACGAAUCAGAAGAAACAGAUCAUUCAAAAGGCUUAUGCUCUACUUAUAUCGCUGGCAAAUUGUAAUUUAAAUUUUGGAAGUGCGAUUCGAUUUGCAUGUAGUUCAUAUCAAAUAGCCGAUCUUCUGCUGAGUUGUCCGGAUAGUGAUGUGAUUCGAUAUACGAUUGAUUUUAUAAUGUUCGUGAUAAAAGAUGAAACCGUUCGUGAGCACUUAUCGAAAGACUGCGGUUUGGUCGAAUCGCUUCGCAGUCUAACUGCACAAAUGAACGAAAAUUGUGAGUUGUUCUUGAAUGUUAUCGUUUAUAUUUUUGAUUGUGUUUACCUAAGCAGAAACGCACGCAUUCAUUUCUUUAUUGAUAGUGUUAUUGCAGGAAAGUUCAGUGAUAACCUAAUUCACCUUUUGGAAAUUUCAUCGUAA